AUGUCUCAAAGAGAUCUGUAUGCCAGCUGUCGCGUAGGAGACAUAGAAAGCGUUCGGUUUCUGCUGGACUUCAAAGACGUUGAACUGAAUUGUAGAGAUCAAUGGGACGGAACAGCAUUAUAUUAUGCUUGUCUAUGUGGUCACGAGCAACUCGUACAAUUUCUUCUCAGCAACGGUGCUCGCUGUGAGGCUAAUACAUUUGAUGGUGAACGUUGUCUUUAUGCUGCGCUUAAUGACAACAUCCGGGCAUUACUAAAAGACUACAAAGCGAUUACAUCACAAUGCAUGCGACGUGAUUCAUUCAAAGAGUUUCUUCGACGUUGUCUAGAAGACGGAAAAUUCUAUGAUUUAGUGUUUAAUGUGCAUGGAAGAGAGUUUCAUGUCCAUAGGGUUAUAUUGUCGGCUCGAUCAGAUUAUUUGCGGAACAUGCUUAGUGGCAAGUGGAAAGAACGUCGGAUAAUCUACCUAAAUCAUUCACUGGUAAAGCCUCAUGCAUUUGCAGCUCUAUUACAGUACAUUUACACAGAGCGAUUGGACAUAAGUUUGGAUAACAUUGAUGACUGCAUUCGUUUAGCUCGGCAAUGCCACUUACAUCACCUAAAAUCACGUCUAGAAAAGCAACGAAAAGAAUCUAUGACUCUCGUUGCUUCAAAGCCAGGGACUCGUAUCAACAUUAUUAGUGUGGAACCAGACUUGGAUGCAUCUCAAUUGAUGACUGAUUUUAGUGUAUUAGCAUCAGUUGUGGUUGGAGGUGAACAUUUGAUGUGUGAUAGCUCGUCGAUGUUUUCUGAUGUGUGCAUAUGUGUUGAUGAUCAGAAAUAUUACUGUCACAAGGUAUUUUUAUGUGGUCGAAGCGAUUACUUUCGAGCUCUUUUGACCGGAAACUUUUCUGAAGCUAUUUCGUUAAUGGAGUCAUUGCCUGUGGACACAGAUCACACAACAAUUCCAGAAGUGGCUCUGCAUGACGUCGCUUCUCCUGUCUUAUCCCUUGUCCUGAACUACAUAUACUGUCAACAAGUUGAUGUGAGUCCUGAUGUUGUGUUCCCUCUACUAUCUGCUGCUAACAUGUAUUUGUUGCCCGGUUUACCUAAAGUUUGCUGCAUGGCGAUCGCUCCUCGUAUAGCUGCAGACAACGUCAUCAACAUAUUGGCAGCCGCACGACUCUUUGAAAUUUCAAGACUGGAAAUGCAGUGUGCGAAGGUCAUCGCCGAUCAACUAGAACAGCUCAUUGAUAACAAAGAAUUGGCAGCAAUUAUUAAAGAAGAUGCUGAGACAAUCAGGAAACGUGAAGAAACAGACUCAGUCCCAUUGGUUGACGACAUCCGUUUUCAUAUUAUGAAUUUACCAAUUUCUGAAGACAAAAAACAGUACAAGUUUGCAGUUCUAGACGGUCUGUUGGAGAUGCUUGGAAUCGAAUGCUGA